AUGGCUAGGGUUAGGAUGAGCAUGGAAGAUUAUGACUACCUGUUCAAAAUAGUUCUGAUAGGAAAUGCUGGCGUCGGGAAGACAUGUCUCGUCCGGCGCUUCACUCAGGGCCUUUUCCCACCUGGACAAGGGGCUACCAUCGGAGUUGAUUUCAUGAUUAAAACUGUGGAAAUCAAAGGGGAGAAGGUCAAGAUAUGGGACACAGCCGGACAGGAGAGAUUUCGCUCCAUUACUCAGAGUUAUUACCGUAGUGCCAAUGCCCUCAUUCUUACUUAUGACAUUACCUGUGAGGACUCCUUCAGGUGCCUUCCAGAGUGGCUGAGGGAGAUUGAGCAGUAUGCCAACAACCAAGUGGUGACUAUAUUAGUCGGUAAUAAAAUAGACCUGGCAGAGAAGCGGGAGGUUCACAGGCAGAGGGCGGAAGACUUCGCCGACUCUCAGAGCAUGCUGUAUCUCGAGACGUCCGCCAAAGAGUCCGACAACGUGGAGAAACUUUUCCUUGACCUGGCCUGUGAACUCAUCCGAGAGGCUAAGCAGAACAAGCUGGAUAACAAUGACAAUGAUCGGCCCAUGCCCGGCGAGGGUAAAACCAUCAGUUAUCUGAACUGCUGCAGCCUCACUUAA